AAGGCGGGCGCCUCCCCCUUCCCGUCUUCUUCCAACUGGCGCCGGCCAGCUCGGGCCUUCGGGAGCCGCCGGGAAACGCCGAGCAGCGGCCGGACGGAGCGAGCCAGACGCCGCCGCCUUCCCCGAUCAUGACGCACAAGCAGAUCUACUAUUCGGAUAAAUACGACGAUGAGGAAUUCGAGUACCGGCACGUCAUGCUUCCCAAAGACAUCGCCAAGUUGGUCCCCAAGACUCAUCUAAUGUCCGAAUCGGAGUGGCGCAACCUGGGCGUCCAACAGAGCCAGGGCUGGGUCCAUUACAUGAUCCACGAACCAGAGCCACACAUCCUUCUCUUCCGAAGACCGUUGCCCAAGAAAGUCGAAAAAUGACAACACAUCCUCCGUCGUCUUCUGUGUUUUCGAUAGAAGCACCUUUUUGGGAGAACAGUUGGGGUUCUUUUAUCUCUGUCGUAAAAUUCCGAGAAACAUUUUCAAGAUGCCCGUCCCAGAAAAUACCGCUCGACAGGCAAACAAGCAGCCAAGAAAAACUGGUUUUGCCUCCGAUAUUUUAUCUGGCCGAAGCCAUCUUCGAGAACCGAUAACAACUUGACUUUUUUAAAAAAAUGUUUUUUUAUAUACUGGCUGAAAGCUUGGCCCGCCCGAGGCUCCUAAAUCGUGUUUUUUUUUUUAAAUCCCUGGUCAUGCAAAACUUUGUCCUGCUCCGUCGUUCUUAAAACGUACCUUUCCUUUUUUAAUCUCAUAUUUCAAACUUCUGCUUUAGAGCUUUUAAUAUGAUUAACUUUUGAUAUGGUUGUUCUUUGGGCUGGGUUAAUAAAAGGGUCACCGUGUGUCAAGGAUCAUUUCUGCCUUCGGGUACCCCAAUUCGGUCGCGGUUUUCUACAUGGCUUAAUCUAAUGUAACUUGGAGAUUGGAAUCUGUUGGUGGAAGGAGGAAUCGUGUCACAGAUUAACUGAAAAUUAGGAGAAAAAUAACAGAACGGUCGAUGUAGGUACCCUGGGUUCAAACAACAAAUUUGAAGGCCGCUGGCGUGAAGGAUUAAAAUUCAACCAGGUUGACUCCCAAGGAAAGCCAGUCAGAACUUUAAACUUUGAUCCUUGAUCUCUUUUUAAGAAAAAAAUCAAUAAAAAUUGGCAAUAUUUAAGCUUUGGGUUCAAUGGACAAAUGCAGCGACUUUGUGUAGUUACAUCCAUGUUGUAACCCAAUUUAUGAGUCGGUAUAUAACCUAUUGUACCAAGAAAUAUUCUAUAUAUAUUCUUGUUUUCCUUGUGCUUAUUUCUGUUUUUAAGUUUCCUUUCAGGGCCUUUAUUUUAUUUUAUUUUUUUUAAUCUUUAUUGAUGGAACUGCUUUCUGCGUUACUUGCGUUACGCUGGAAACGCAAUUUCCUAAAAGAUUGUUUUAACUGCAGUUUAAUUGCGUUGUGUGUUUAUUAUGUUACCUGGGGGUAGGGAUGGUUUUAAAAGCAAGGUGUGUAAAGAGCUGAACUCGCACGAGUAACCUAAAGCUUAAUUAAUUGUUUGAUUUUCUUUUGACCGACCGAUCCGAAGAUUCCUUUCCUCUCCUGACCUGAUCCGAAUAAAGAUUGUUUAUACGGGA